CAAAAAAAAAAAAAAUGGAAGUAGCUAAGUAGUGGAGUGGCUACUUUAUGAUUUAAAUAAUGAAAAAAAAAAAAAACAAUUGGUUCAGGAAAUACUGAAUCUGUUGUCCCAUUGUCCAAUACCAUUUUACUUCUCUUUUUCAUAAUUCAUAAAAAAGAAAAAAUUUAUUCAUAGCAAUUUCAUCAACUUGAACAAAAACAAUGGCCAUCUUUCUCCAGCCUAAUUCUGCAUCAUCUCCGACCACUUCUCUCAUGGCCCCUCAUCCUUUUCCUGUUUUUCUCCAAAUUCUCUAAUGCAAUACAAAACAAAACCUCAUCCCCCUAUCUCCAAAUGGCCCAAAAUCAAAUUUUUUAUUUUUCACACAUUAAUAAAAUAUUUAUUAUACUCAAAAAAAAAAAAGGAAAGAAAGAAAAAAUAAAAGCAAAAGGAAAUUCUACUACAACUCAACUAUGGCUAGAUGUCCUGUUAGGAAGAGGAAGACUUCUGUUGUCCUUCUACAACACAACCCACCAUACCUCAAAUUCCUUUUUAAGACGAAACUUAUUGCAAGGCCUCAAAGUUCCAAUCUUUUUUGCAAUACUUCAUAUGGCUUGGGGAUUCUGUAAAUCUGAUCUUAUGUGAUCUUUGCCUUCGAGAUUACAACCCUUUAUUUAUUCGAUUCUACUGGUUGGUCUGAAAUCAUAUUUGAAGAUAAUCUAAGCAGAAGAUGAAAAGGGCUGCUGUGAAUUUGCAGAAAUUCAAAGGUGUGGAUGUGGAAUUGAGUUCAAAAGUUGAGCAUCAAAAUUUGGUGGAUAAGUUCUUGAAACUACAGAAGGAUUUUGUUUCGAAGAAAAGGAAAUUUCAGGCUGCAAAGCAGAAAAGAGAUACACUUUUGGGCGUAAUCAAAUAUUUGAGACGGAGGAGGCAAUUUUUAUUGGAUCGUCAAACAAUUGAAUCACAAAGGAAUCAUCACGUUGAUGAUGAUAGGGAAAUUACUAUUAGAGAAGGAUCAUUGCUUACAAAGAACUCAAAACUUGAAGGUUUUCUUGUAAAUAUAAUACUUCUGGAUUGCUUUUGCAACACUGCAUCUUUUAUUCUUGUCUGUCAAUAAAUAAGAUAAUCGUUUUGGGACGAGACGAGUAAUUGUGAAGAUGUUCAUUUAGAAGCUUUAAUGCUUAUAUAUCAUAUUCUUCCUUCUAUUGCAGAGACAUGAAGAGGAUGGAGUUACAUUAACACAACACGAGCAAGUGGUUAUGCAAAGAGAUUAAGAAGUUUUGAGAUCAAAGUAGAAUAUGAGAUUUUUAUUUUUUAUUUUUGUUUUAUCAAUGAGAUUUUUUUAAAAAAAUUUUUUUGAAAAGGUAAUGAGAUUUCUUUACUUGUAUAGACUGUAGAGGCUCACUAAAGUGUGCCAAAAUAUUUAAAAGAAAAGGAGUCAAUUACAAUCCAACUUGGGAUGACGUUAUGUCAACUUGGAAUGAAGAUUUUGAAUUUCUUGGAAGUCAAUUAGAUUUAUCUUUCUCUUGGCGUUCUAAUUGUGUUUGUAAUAUUGAAUUUUUUUUUUAUAUUGAUACAUAAUGUGUAAAUGGAC